UAUGUCGAGCGUUUUCCAGAUUGAACAGGAGGACUUACCAGAAUGGGAAGCCUCAGAAGGAGAAAGCGAGGUCUUUAGAUCACAGGAGGUUUCACAAAUACAGACAGCAGAGGAAUCAAGCAAACCUUCGGAAGAUGGGCAGCCUGGAAAAAAAUCAAAAGUCCCCAAGCAGAAUUCUACAGGCCUCCUUCAGUCCUCACAUGCAUGAUCUGUGUACCACCACCCCAGGCCGGGAGCUGCCCAUUGACCUGCACCUGGCCUCCCGUGUGUACCACACUGCCAACAAGAAGGGCCACAGUAACCUACUUGAAUUUUUUGGGUCAUGUUUCUUAGAUGAUCACUUCAUAGAUACAGAAAAAGAUAGAAUACUGUAUGGAAUUCCUGUUAGGAGAGAAAAUGAAGACUAUGUCAGUGUCCCUCUGGUACCACCGGGGACACCCUGUGAAUGGGCACAAGGAACUAGGCAAUAUGCUCACAAGCCAUACCUGUCACUCUUGGGAGAGGAAACAUCUGCUUAUCCAGAACUUACAAAGAUGUUUUGGAAUCCCACUGCGCCCAAAUUCUCUGUUCCAGAAUCUGUCAUGAGGGACACUCUAUAUCCAAAAUAUGAGAGUGUUCAAACAAGCAGAAUUUUAACUGAGAAAAUUUUGUCUGAAAGCGAGGAGUGUAUCACUUUAGAUAAUAACAGAAUAAGUAAGCCUUUCUUACUCAGAAAAUCUGCAUCAUUUGACAAUAUCCCAAAACGUUGCAGUACACAACCUAUACAAUUGAAGAGAGCAAAAUCUGCAGUUGAAUUGAGAAAGAAGUUCACCACCAAAUCAUUAGAAAUCAAGGAUGACAUUGGAAGAAAUCUGAGAGUGUUGAUGUUCCAGAAAAGAAGGGCCCUGGAGCUCCAGCUCGCUGAGCAAAAUAAGGCAGAGAUGCACCCCUCUACGAGAGCAAGUAUAGAUGAACACUUGGAGAGUACUCAGGACAAGAGCCAUUUUGAAGAUGUGUCUCUCUCUCUCGUUGAAGCAUCGAAAAAAGCUGGUGUUACUUACAUUAUUUAUCCCAAGAAAAAGAAGAUGAAAUGGAAGAAAAAACUGAAAAUGCUUAAGCUUACCAGUGUGUAUAAAGAGUUAGCCAAGGCUCCCAAAACCAUUCAAAGAUCAUCAUCUCAUGGAAUACUUCCUGGAGAAAAGAAAUAUUUUCUCAGAGUUCCAUUAUAUGAACGUCAAUUACGGUGUCCCAGCUUACCUUUGAAGUUAGAUUUUGAUAAAUUUGUGGAAAGUAAGGGAGGAAUACCAAGAAAUACUGAUUUUCGGACAUGGGUUGCUGAUAUAUUCAUUAAAGAUAAGCUUCCAAAAAAAUCCCCACCAGACGUUAAAACUUCUAUUGAAAAGGAGCUUCCUGAAAAAGUUGAAGAACCACCAAAACUAAAAUUAAGUGAUUUUUUGGGAUGUGAUCUUCCAUCAAAGGUCAUUGAGCAUUGUAAAUCUGAAGUGGAAACCUUGACUGAGCAAAUAAAUAAUAAGAAGAUGCUUCCUGCAGUUGCAUAUUGCAGGCGUGGAGCUAUUUAUAGGCAUCUGGGAAUGUUACAGAGUUCCAUGAGUGAUUUACAGGAAGCUAUACUUUUGGAGCCAAUGCUUCUCAAUGCCUUUUGGCACCGACAUUUCAUUUAUCUUUUCCAAGACAGAAUUAAUGAUGCUUUGGAUGAUUUGAAUUAUAUAAAUAAAUACAAUAAAAAUAAUGCAGAUGCUUAUUUGUCAAAGGCGGAAAUUUUCAGGAAAAAAGAAAACAUCGCUUUGGCAAUUCUAAAUUACACCCAGGCAAUUAAGUGCAGGCCCACAGAUGCUGAUAGCUAUUUCAGGAGGGGUGAGAUGCAUGAAAACGCAAACAGAGUACUGGCCAUUGAUGACUUUUCUAAAUGUAUUUUUCAUGAUCCCCAAAGAGUAGAUGCAUUGUUGAAACGUGGAAUGUUUUACUAUGAAAAUGAAAAUUGGAUUUCAGCCAUACAGGAUUUUACAACUUUGUUAGAUAUAGAGCCCAAAAAUUUGCAAGCAAGGGUACAUCGAGGGAGAGCAAAUUUUAAAAGGCACCUUUAUAAACAAGCAACUGAGGACUUUUCUAUUGCAGUUCACUUAGAUCCUAAUAACUGGUUAUCAUUCUAUUAUCGAGCUUGCUUAUUUAGAAAGACUAACCCUCUAAAAGCACUACAGGAUUAUAGCAUUUCAGUUCUCUUAAAUGACGGCCAUGAGAAUUUUAGUUGUUUUCUACAUCGGGGCAUAGUGUAUGUACAUCUAAAACUUUGGUGGCUGGCGAUUUGUGACUUUGAAACUGUUAUUACUCUAGAAAGAACUGUUACUUUGGCUUAUAUAAACAUUGGUCUCAUAUAUCUGCUACACCUAAACAACUGCAAUGAAGCCAUUUGGUGGUUUUCUGAGGCUAUUAAAAUCAAUCCUUUGUGUAUUCAAAGCUAUAUUUGUAGAGCAGAAGGCUAUUAUAAGCUGCAUAAAUUGAAAAGGGCAGUCAAGGAGUUAUCUCGUGCCAUCCACUUUCAGCCAGAUGGACUCCAAUUAUAUAUAAUAAGAGGACAAUAUCUUCUUAUGAUGAAAAAAUAUGAUCUGGCAAAGUUCACUAUUUAUCAAGUAGCAGAAAUGAACCGUGGUCUCAUUGAAUUGAGUCCAGUACAGCAAGCAAUCAUUUAUUCAUUUUGUGAAAACCAUGAGAAGGCCAUUCAGGUCUUGGAAGAGGCCUUGUGCAAUAGGCCAGAAACAAUCAUGCUUAUGAUAUUAGCAAAAACACAAAUGAAGGCCAAGAACAUCAAGGAAGCUAUGAGACUGUAUAUGAAGGCAUUGGAAGUCUUUUCUUAUUCUCCAAAAGGACCAAAUACUGCAACUCUUUCAUCAGACUGUCUGUAUAACUUGGGUCUUUGUUACAUGGAAGAAAACAACUUCCACAUGGCUUUUGAUUCUUUUACAAAAGCUGUGAAAGCAAAUCCUGAUUUUGCAGAAGCUUUUUAUCAACGUGGGCUUUGUAAAGUAAAACUCCAAAAGGAGAGCUCGAUUCUGGACUUUAAUCGUGCAAUUACCCUCGAUCCAAAACACUACCAGGCAUACUUAGCCCGAGUAGCCUUCUAUGGUUCAAAAGGCAGAUUCUCCAAAGCAAUUCUGAACUGUAAUGAGGCCAUCAAUAUUUAUCCUGAGAGUGUGCACGCCUAUCUCUGCAGAGGAGUUCUGAAAUACUACAGCAGGAAUUACAAGUUAGCUAUUGAAGAUUUAACUACAGUUAUCAACAUGGACAAAAAGUGUUAUGUGGCAUUUUAUAACAGAGCAUUAUGUUACACCCAGACAAGGGAACUUCAAAUGGCCUUAACAGAUUAUGGAAUUGUGCUGCUGCUUGAAGCUGUAGAAAGUCUAACAUUAAAUGCUCUCAUUAAUCGUGGAAACAUCUAUGCUGAGCAAGAGCAGUAUGGCUUUGCAUUAGAGGAUUUUAAACAAGCUGCACUGAUAAGCCAGACCAACCUGAGUCUUUUUCAUGCUGCCGCCAUGUGCCACCACAGAAUUAAAGAGUUUGAAGAUGCUGUCAAUUUCUUCGCCUGGGCUCUUAAACUUAACCCACGUUUUCUGGAUGCUCUCGUUGGACGCGGGAAUUCCUACAUGGAAUAUGGAAAUGAUGAAGCCACCAAGCAAGCACAGAAGGAUUUUCUGAAAGCAUUGCAUUUUAAUCCAUUAUAUGCAAAAGCCAGAAUUAGUCUAGGCUAUAAUUUGCAGGCCCAAGGAAAAUUCCAGAAAGCUUGGAAUCAUUUUACUAUUGCCAUAGAAGUUGAUCCAAAGAACUACCUGGCCUAUGAAGGAAGAGCUGUGGUCUGUCUUCAGAUGGGUAAUAAUUUUGCUGCAAUGCAGGAUAUUAAUGCUGCCAUAAAGAUCAAUACCACAGCAGAGUUCAUAACAAAUCGUGGUGUGAUUCAUGAGUUUAUGGGCCAAAAACAGAAUGCAAUGAAAGACUACCAAGCAGCAAUUGCUUUAGACCCCAAGUACUCACUGGCUUACUUUAAUGCCGGAAAUAUCUACUUACACCACAGGCAGUUUUCUCAGGCUGGUGACUACUUCUCAAAGGCUUUAAAGUUUGAUCCAGAAGAUGAUUAUGCUCUCAUGAAUCAAGCUAUCACAAAUACAAUAUUGAAAAAAUAUGAAGAAGCAAAAGAAAAUUUUGCAUGUGCAGUUGAACACUGUCCACUUUGGGCUGCAGUAUAUUUCAACAGAGCACAUUUAUACCACAGUUUACAGCAGUAUGAGCUAGCUGAGGAAGAAUUAAGUAAAGCUCUGUCUUUGACUCCUAAUGAUGCUCUAGCGUAUAACUUCAGAGCUGAAGUUCGUGGUAAAAUAGGUCUGAUUGAGGAAGCUAUGGCCGACUAUAACCAAGCACUUGAUCUUGAAGAAUGUGCCUCAGAUACAUGAUCACAUAGACUACUCUGGUGUCUACAUUUACAUAGAGGUUCUUCCUGAAACUGAAAUGUUGCUUAGAAGUUUGACCUGCCUUCGUUAUUGUAUUCAUUAUGCUUAGUCUUCUAUAAACCCUUUAAUGCAUUUUAGCAAAAUGUUCAUGCUGUACAUUAAUUAUAAACUUUGAGAUCAUUUUCUGCAUAUUUGAAAUAUCUCAAGAAUCAAAUUUCUUCUUGGAUUAAAUGGGAAUAUUUCUCAAGGAAUAUUAAGGCUUAAAAUAUUUUCUUUAAAAUAAUUUUCUUUGAAAUAAUACUGUACUUAUAGAAAUGUGUCAUUGGCCUUUUCAUCAAUUCCCACUCAUAAUAUAUUCAACAGUACCCAGAUUUUUAAAAAGAAUUAGCUGAUGACAAUUAAAAAAACUGAAGUCAAGUACAUUUCCUCUUGUCCUUUAAACAGCAUCCGUUACUAGUCUGUAUUCUUCCAGGUACCCAUUUUCUUCCAACAGAUAAACUUGUUUCUAUUUUUAUAUAUUGCUUGCCUUCCAGAAUAACACCUAUAAAGAUUUUGAGCAUCCUGUUUCCCUGAGAUAAUCUCUUCUGCCGCUUUCAUUCAGAUUUCAUGAAUGUGUACAUAAAUGCAGAUUUCAUGAAUUAUAUAUAUAUGUAAAUCUAUGUACACUUGUGAUUAGUGCUUCAUAGCCGUUGAUGAGUAAAAUAUCAAAACAGUUAAAAUUACUUUUAUUAACAUGCUAAUUGUACAAAUUAAAGGGUUUCACUGUGACAUUUCCAUAGAUGGACAUAUCAAGCACUGAUAUAAGAAUUCUUUAUAGAAUGUUUUUGAGGAAACUUUCAAUGAAUCAGAGGAACCCUCCUUUUACCUCACUGAUAAUAACAAGUCUUUCUAACUUAAUUCAUUCAAAUGUAUUUCACUCAGUUUAUUUUCCCUCUUGCUGUUUUGUUAUUCCAGUGUAUUCAGCUCCUCAGAGGCCCGUUUUCACUGCAGUCAGACAUUUUGGAAAGAACAGUUCUGUUCUCUCAGCUGCCUUUGUUUUUAGUUUGAUGUUCCAGAUUUUCACAAUAGAAAGUUGACUUAUUUUGUAAGCUAUGAUAGAGAUGCUUCACACCAUUUCAGGCUAAUUUUCCUGGCAUGGAAUGUGGGUACACGUCAGGAUGGGAUCA